CCCUACUCCCUUAGGCUUAGGAUCCCGCCCCCUCCGUCCCCCGACCCCCUCCUACCGGCUUCCCAGCUCUGAGAUCUACUCUGCGGACUCUUUUCCCCCGUCCCGCCUCUGCCCCUCCCGGGGCUUUGUCCAGCUGCCUCCGGGCCGAACCCGGAGAACCCGGUGCGAGGUGGCCCGGCCCGAGAAUGGACAGGAAGGUGGCCCGGGAGUUCCGGCACAAGGUGGAUUUCCUGAUUGAAAAUGAUGCCGAGAAGGAUUAUCUGUAUGAUGUUCUACGUAUGUAUCAUGAGACCAUGGAUGUCUCUGUGCUGGUGGGAGACCUGAAGUUAGUGAUCAACGAACCCAGUCGCCUGCCCCUGUUUGAUGCCGUCCGGCCUCUGAUCCCACUGAAGCACCAGGUGGAAUAUGACCAGCUGACACCCAGGCGUUCCAGGAAGCUAAAAGAAGUACGUUUAGACCGAACACAUCCUGAAGGUCUGGGCAUUAGUGUACGUGGAGGCCUGGAAUUUGGCUGUGGCCUUUUCAUAUCCCAUCUCAUCAAAGGAGGACAAACAGACAACGUUGGGCUCCAGCUUGGUGAUGAGAUCGUCCGGAUCAAUGGAUACUCCAUAUCCUCCUGUACCCAUGAGGAAAUCAUCAACCUUAUCCGAACCAAGAAGACUGUGUCCAUCAAAGUGAGGCACAUUGGAAUGAUCCCUGUGAAAAACUCUCCCGACGAGUCUCUCAAAUGGCAGUUUGUGGACCAGUUUGUGGCAGAAUCAGGGGGUGGGAGGGGUGUUGUGCCCUCUCUUGGGAGUCGAGAAAACAGAGAAAAGAAAAUUUUCAUCAGCCUGGUUGGUUCUCGAGGCUUGGGAUGCAGCAUUUCAAGUGGUCCCACCCAGAAGCCAGGCAUCUUCAUCAGCAACGUGAAGCCAGGCUCCCUCUCUGCAGAGGUUGGACUAGAGACAGGAGACCAGAUUGUCGAAGUAAAUGGUAUUGACUUCACCAACAUGGAUCACAAAGAGGCUGUGAACGUGCUAAAAAGUAGUCGAAGCCUGACCAUCUCCAUUGUAGCUGGAGCUGGCCGGGAGCUCUUCAUGACGGAGCGGGAGCGACAGGCAGAAGUGCGGCAGCGGGAGUUGGAUCGGCAGGAGCUAAUGCUACAGAAGCGUUUGGCAAUGGAGUCCAAUAAAAUCCUCCAAGAGCAGCAGGAGAAAGAGAGACAGAGGAAGAAGGAAAUUGCUCAGAAGGCUGCAGAAGAGAACGAGAGAUAUCGGAAAGAGAUAGAGCAGAUCACAGAAGAUGAAGAAAGGUUCAAGAAGCAAUGGGAAGAAGAAUGGGGGUCGAAGGGCCAGCUGCUAAUGCCCAAAACCAUCACAGCUGAGGUGCACACGCCACCACCACGCAAGCCAAAAUUAGAUGAAAACAUGGUGAAGUCUCCGCCACAUGCUGACGAUGACCUGAACGGAGAGACCAAGAAUCAGCCAGUGCAGAAAGGGAAAGAUAAGAAGAAAUCUAAGCAUGACAGCCUGCAGGAGCUGAGGAAGCACAAGAAGGAAAUUGAAUUUGAGCAAAAGCUUUAUAAGGAGAAGGAAGAGAUGCUGGAAAAGGAAAAACAACUGAAGAUAAACCGACUAGCCCAGGAGGUGUCGGAGACUGAGCGAGAAGAUCUAGAAGAAUCGGAAAAGAUUCAGUACUGGGUGGAAAGGCUAUGUCAGACCCGCCUAGAGCAGAUCUCUUCCGCGGAGAAUGAGCUUUCAGAGAUGACCACCAGCCCCCCAACUUCCGUGACUCUCCUGGCCCCACCCCUGCGACGCUUCGCCGGUGGCCUGCACCUCCAUACCACCGAUCUUGAUGACAUUCCUCUGGAUAUGUUCUAUUACCCUCCCAAGCGCCCGGCCCCUCUACCACCACCUUCUGCGCUGCCCGUGAUGCCCCAUCCCCCAACCCCUAACCCUCCCUCCAAGGUCUCGGCACCCCCUGUCAUUGUACCAGCUGGCCAGGGGUCCUCAUCUUCCACUUGGGUCCGGCGCCCACCACCCCCACUCCCUCCCCCUCCGUCGGUUCCCACUCUGGACCUCAACCUAUCCCGCUCACUCCCUUCUGCCCUGGAAGAAGCCUUAGUAAACCAUGGUCUCCACUCUGGAGAUUCCACUGAACCUGUGGAAGACUGGGAACUAAAAAACUAUACUGGGAAGCCUGUGAGCUCCCCUCUCCCCGAACGGAGCUUCUCUCCAACUCCAAAGCUACUUUGUCCGAGUCCGAUGCCCCCGCGAGGUCCCGGUGUGUCCACCAUCUCCAAACCCGUCAUGAUUCCUUAUGACUUCAACUUCGUUGGCAGGCCAGUGGUCAGAUCCGAGGUUUUGCCACAAGAGAUGCUGAAAAGGAUGGUGGUUUACCAGUCACCGUUCAGAAAAGAUUUCAGGAAAUAUGAGGAAGAUUUUAACCCUUAUUCCAUGUUUCUCCCAGAGCAGAUCAUGGGGAAAGAUGUCCGGCUUUUACGGAUUAAAAAGGAAGGCUCCUUAGAUCUGGCAGUCGAAGGUGGUGUCGACUCUCCAAUUGGGAAAAUCGUGGUUUCUGCUGUUUAUGAAGACGGGGCUGCUGACCGUCAUGGUGGAAUUGUGAAAGGUGAUGAGAUCAUGGCAAUUAAUGGUAGGAUCGUGAUGGACUUCACCUUGGCAGAGGCCCAGGCAGCCCUACAGAAGGCCUGGAACCAGGGCGGGGAUUGGAUUGAUCUGGUCAUUGCAGUAUCCCCACCUAAGGAGUAUGAUGAUGAACUUUCUUCUCUUCCCUCCUCUGCAGACAGCAGCCCCCAGCCACUCAGAAAGAGCCUUGAAGGCAGCGCCCCUGUGCACAGACAUGGGUUUCUCCUGCAGCUGUAGCCCCCGCAGUAUUCCCUCAUGGUGAAUAGACAGUCUUUCCAAGGCUGGUUGUUCUGCUGCCGACCUGUCAUCUUGCACAGGUCGGCUGAGUGUUCUUUGGACUGCUGCCUGAGUCACCAGAUGCUUUCAGUACUGCUGGACAGCAUCUCUCAAAUGUGCCACUGAGGCAGAUGUUUGGCCAGAGAGAGGUCCCUGCUUUGUAAGCUACAGUAAUCGAGACAAUGGCACGAUUUUGUCAGUCGGUGCCAUGGGCUAUUAACUCGAGAGGAGGUCCCAACCUGCCUUCCGACUCAUGGCCAACCUCAUGCUUUUCUCUGCCAUGUGGUCCUGCUCUGAGCUGGAAUCACAGCCUGGCUCUUCUGUUCCAUGUUGGGUACAAAGAGUGCCACAAAACAGGACAAAGGCAUAAUUGGCACUGUGCAGGAAAAUGCUGAGUGUAAUUCUCCCCCAAUUAAAAAUGUAAAAUGUGUGUCUCUUAUCAGAUCCUGAUAUGACUGACACAUAGAAAAUGUACUCUCCUCAAUUUGCGGACCCAAUCAAUCAACAUGUAUUUAUUAAACACCUACAAUGUGCUAAGUCCUGGUGAUAAAAAUACAAAGGCAAUGAUCUUUACUCUGAGGGAGCCUCUAUUCUAAGCACCCUGUCUCCAUUCUGGUCAACAAAUUCCACUCAGAGCUGGAUCAAAUUUGAGAGUUUUUCAAGGCUGGUCCAAAGAACUGGAACUAGCAUUCCUUACAUACUUUCCUGCCUUGGAUCAUUUGAAAAAUAUUUUUUCUUGUUUCUUCUCCCUCCAUUCCUGCUCCUGUGCCAGGAGACCCAUCUGAGAUCUGUAGAGUGUGACUUUUGUGUCCCCCACCCCAUGUCAGGAGGUUCCCAUGGGCAGAACCAGCAAACAGAUGGUUAUGUCACUGGUAUGGUGUAGCCUGAAGCCUAGAAUCUGGGAACAAGCAAUAACUUGACCCUGAGCUGAUGCUGCUUGAAAAAUUUGGCCAGUUUAGCUUGUCAUUACCACUUCAGAAAACAUUCAGACUAUACGUUCCCAACUGUUUUUGUUCUGACACUCUGGUGGCCUCUGGGGGCCUCCCUCUGUCCUGGGGAGUGGGUCUGGCCUUAAGUUUUCUGUCACUUGUAAUCUCUGGUUUCCCAAGGGGUUUUCUUGGCCUGUUGUCUAUCCCCCCUCCCUCCUCUCCUUUCUGAUCUCACAAGAAAAAUAGCUCUCCUCAUCCCUUGCAGCCCUGUGAGCCAGAGCCCAAGUUGGCUAGUGUGCCCACAGGCAGAGGAGAGAGAGAGAGAGGCUUUCUGCUAAAGACAUGCAUGAGUUUUGG